AGGUGUCGGUGCUGCCACGUCCUGGCGGCGGCUCGCGGAGCAGCGGCCUUGCGGGAGACUGUAGAGCCGGAGGUGGAGGAGGUGGGGCUGCCGCUGAAGCCGGAUGUGGAUCUAGUGCUGUGUACCCGGGUGGGUGAGAAUCCGACGGGCCUGGAGAGGAGCGCCGACUGCAGGUCUCUACGGACCUUACUGCAAAGAUGAAACCUGAUGAAACGCCUAUGUUUGACCCAAGUCUACUCAAAGAAGUGGACUGGAGUCAGAAUACAGCUACAUUUUCUCCAGCCAUUUCCCCAACACAUCCUGGAGAAGGUUUGGUUUUGAGGCCUCUUUGUACUGCUGAUUUAAAUAGAGGUUUUUUUAAGGUACUAGGUCAGCUGACAGAGACUGGAGUUGUCAACCCGGAACAAUUUAUGAAAUCUUUUGAGCACAUGAAGAAAUCUGGGGAUUAUUAUGUUACAGUUGUGGAAGAUAUAACUUUAGGACAGAUAGUUGCUACAGCAACUCUGAUAAUAGAACAUAAAUUCAUCCAUUCCUGUGCUAAGAGAGGAAGAGUAGAAGAUGUUGUUGUUAGUGAUGAAUGCAGAGGAAAGCAGCUUGGCAAAUUGUUAUUAUCAACUCUUACUUUGCUAAGCAAGAAAUUGAACUGUUAUAAGAUUACCCUUGAAUGUCUACCACAAAACGCUGGUUUCUAUAAAAAGUUUGGAUAUACAGUAUCUGAAGAAAACUACAUGUGUCAGAGGUUUCUAAAGUAAAACCUUUUAAGAAAGACAUCUGUCAAAGGAGCUGAUGCAACAAGGCUACACUCUCUUCCUAGAGUUAAAGUAUUUUGUUGCCGCAACCCAGUGACCUCCAAUAAAUACUGGAUUGAAAAAAACACUGUAAUACAAGUAUAAUGACAUUUAGAAGAUUACUUUGGGCUGGUGAGACAUGCUGAGUUUAGAUUACAGAUGAAAUUGUUAAGGGGAUGAUUUUUAACCAAAGGAGUAUAUUUUUAACUUGAAUCUUUUCUUGCAUUGUAUUUUUCUAAAGUUCGGCUUUAUUUCUUAGUAGUCAGUAUAGGUAGUAAGAAGUUAUAUGUCUGCUAUCUGUACUGCUCAUUUAAAAAAAAAAAGCAUACAGUGAAUAAGGCUGUUUCUUAUCACAUUCAUAAAAUUAAUAUUUUUUUCAAAGAAAUAUAUCUAAAUACCACUUAGGGGUGUAUCAUUUCACAUAUAUUACGUGAAAUUGGAUGUUAGACAUAUUAUAACUAAAUGUAGUUCAGUCCAACAUUUGCUGAUCCUAAUACUAUACUGGCAAACCUGGUGAGCCUUUAAAAUAAGGAGAAAUGAAAAUUAACUUCUUAUAAAAUGUGACAAUUUAUAUGUACAUCUAAAAGUUGAUAUAAUUCUAAUGUAGCUGAAGUACCACCUGUCUUAUAUGUGAAAUGUAAUAAUUAUUCAUUUGUUUAAAAUAUCUAAGAGAAAUAUAAGGUACUUUUUAACAGUGAAUUAGUAAAUCCUGGCAUAUUAUGUAUUUCUAAGCUGAUUUCUCAUUUUUCCAGGGGUGUCCGAGCCUCUCUUCUGAGUAACAUUUUUAUGAAAAUGGAUUACAAAAUUGAGUGGAGUACUUUAAAAUGUAUCAUACUGCAUUUAUUACAUUCUUAAAAUGUUGAUGCAAGCUUUUCUAUUUAAUGUGAUUAUAAUGGUACUAUUCUGGUCACUAUCCUAUUUUGAUUUUAUUUAUUUUAAUUAUUUUUUUUAAGUUGAAAUAAGAAUUAGAUACUUCACUACUGGUUCGAAUCUUUUACAUUUCAUGUUACAUUAAACC